CAGCUUCAGACUGACCUCAGUAGUGAUAAGCGCUGGCCGAUCCAACACAGGUAUCGGAGCUGUCCGCUAUUUUCUUUCUUGAACAUUUCCAGAACGCAUUACGGUAUAUAUCAACGUCAAGCUUUGCGUUCCGAAGAUGCCUUUUUAUAAGGAUUUGCAUUAUCAAAAGAGUUAAGUAAUUAAUUCUCUAACAACCUAGAACUUCAAGUUUUUGGUUUGAAACUUAUGUUUGUAGUGAGGACUCAUCAUCGGAAAGUUUCAUUAGCGACUGGAAAUCACCGGUAGAUCAACUUAGCAACAGGAGCUGAUUACCCUGAUGUGUUUGGCAAAACGUUAAUGAAAGUAUCGUGAAGUGUAGUACUUGGGUGAAAGGAACUUGUACAUUACGCGUUUUCCUUCGCUCGUUUCCUCUCCCUCCAAUGAUAUACCUUUUAAGAACGCUAGCAUUCACGAACUAGCUUCAGAAGUGAACUGCCUGUCAAGCGUAUUCUCAGCAGAAGCGAAUUCAUGAGCAAAAAGAGAGAACUCUAGGUAGGCGUGUGAGAUAGCGACGUAGCGGAAGUGAUCUGUUUGUAAUUCCGUCGUAACUUCGAGUUUUGCAAUGUGGAAGGAAAUGGGCAAAGUCGGUAACAAUUUGAGGACCCUCUGGUGGUGGGUGUGGAACGUCCUACAGAGUUUAGUCGGGGCGUCGAUAGUCAUCGUCAUCACGCCCUUAGUGGCUCCCAUUCUCCUGGUUCUGUGGAUCUGGCGAUGCAUCGUCGUCGUCUUGAUUCGAUUCGUUGACGGGCAUUGGGUGUACCCCGCGACGGGUAUGGAAGCCGUCUUCGCCCUCGACUCCGCUGGGGCAAGAGCCGUCAUCAGCGGGGCAGCCGUCCUGAAGGGGCGAGUCAGCGUCACGACGGUUCGGAAGCACAUUUCCGAGCGGAUUGUGGAGCUGAAGGACGCCAAAGGGAACUACCUCCAUCCGAAGUUCCGCCGCGUGGUGCAGAGGAGGUUCGGCGUGGUCGUUUGGGCGUGGGAGGAGAACUUCAACAUCUGCAGGCACGUCAAGCCCCUGCUGUGUCAGAGGCGUGUGCAGUGCCUUAUGGACGAGGACGACAUCGUUGGCGAAUUGGCCGCUCGUACCAACGACCAGUUCGUCCAGGGCCUGGCGAAGUGGGAGGUGCUGGUCGCCCCGCUGAAGCAGUUCGGAAACUACUUCGACUCCGGCCGGGACGACUGGGACUACACGGUGGUCAUGCUCCGGAUGCACCAUGCCCUCGGCGACGGCAGGUCCCUCGUCGGGCUCAUCGUGUCGGCGCUGGUAGAUCCGCCCUUGCCCGAUCCACACCCAUCGCCCGUGUGCCGGCGCCCUUUCACGGGCUGCACCACCCGCGCCAUGAGGGCGCUGUGGUCGAUAACCCAUCUGCCUUGGGUCAUGAUUAGGCUCCUCAUCAGGGGAGACAAGUCCGUCCUUCACGGGUCAAGACUCGGCGGAAUGAAGCACCUGGCGUGGUCUCCUCCCAUGUCUUUGGCGUCCCUCAAGAGGGGUCGCGUCUUGGCUGGUGCCACCGUCAAUGACAUCCUUCUGGCUGGCUUGUCCUCGGCUCUCUACAGACACUUCAGCCUAGAGAGCGCAAAGAUUCCGCCGCAAGUGAUGACAGUUAUCCCUGUGGACGUCACAGCCCCGAUGUCGUUCAUAUCACUGGCUAAUCGCAUCUCUUUGUGCACUCUACCGUUACCCACAGAGAAAAUGACUCCCAAGGACCGCCUGGAAGCGGUCCGGCGCCGAAUGAAUUUGCUGAAGCGCUCCCCCGACGUCAUGGUGAACUACCUCGCCCUUGACCUCAUCUCGAAUCUGGUGCCCGCCCCUCUGUCCAGGCGACUCCUCCACACCCACGGGGUCACUAUGGUCGUGUCCAAUAUGCCGGGACCCACGAAGGAAAUCAACCUAUUUGGGGAAAAUGUGGAGGACAUCAUGUUUUGGAUUCCCAACAAGAGCAGAACAGGCCUAGGGAUAUCCUUGCUCAGCUACUCUGGCACAGUGCGCGUUGGCCUUAAUGUGGACUCAGAGUUGAUAGGCCACAGAGAACUGGCCCAGAGGCUGUUGGAUGACAUGGUGGCCGAAGUUGAAAACAUCCUGGCUGAGAUUUCCCCACCAGAAAUAAACGAAGAAGAAUCAGGCUACCAAGCAGCAGUUGUUGUGGACGAUAAAAGCGACAACAGCGACCUCACUGAAGUUGUCGUCACCCACAGCACGGACGAGUACGACAACAACCAUUUAUCCACAUAUUCCGAUCUCGUUGACAGCUUAGACAUCAAGAAAUCAGACGAUCUGGACACAACGUUCGAAAGCGACGACUACUGCAAUCCAGAAGAUCUAGAUUACCUGAGGAAGAAUUUUCACGCGACGAGACUGGAAAUCCAGUCUUUUUUGUCGAGUAGCGCAGAGAGAAAUAAACUCAAAGGAAAGAUGAAGACGCGGUUUAACAGAAGCGAAAAUGACGUGAACAUCCUGAACAAAAGCCUGCGAGAUGAUUUGUAGUAUUGACAGAAAUAUACUAAGAUAAGUUUGUACAGCUGUAAAGUCUAUUUUUCUUUUGUAUGUUAAGGCCACAUGGGCAAUUUUUCAAGACCAAAAACGAAAUGGUCUUCCAGUUGAGUGAGAGACCUACGGUAAUGUUUGUUAACUGACAUUUUCAGUUUUCCAGUUAAGAAGCUGAACCGUUUCAGACAAAUUUAGUAUUAUAUAUGUACAGUGGAUAUGUUGCCUAUGUCUGGUAUUGAAAGUAAUACCAUGAAUCUACAACUACACAAUAAUUUUUUAUACUGAACAAAAACGUAAGUAAAACAGGACAACGAAUGAGGAAUCAGAAUAAAACAAUGCAGGUCAAUACUACAUGAUUCUUGAUAUUGCUAAUUAUGAAAAUAGGCCAAAUGAUGAGCUUGUGGUGAAAAACUGAAUAGAUAAUUACAUCUGGUGUUUUCAUAAUAUAAAAGUCUGAUGUAUCUUCAAAUAUUUGGGAGUUUGUGGGUUAUUAGUCUACUCUACCAUAAGUGUUACUGUUAAUGCAUUUGUAAAUUACUUCCUUCCUGUUUAUAUAAAAUUAAAUGCAACUUCUGUUAAAUAUAAAAGUUGCAGACAUAGAUGUAGAGGGGACUCUAUAUCAUUGGUUACGCAUAACUCGGAGAAAUACUAUGUCAAAUGCGUCGCCAUAAGGACAGUGUCUCAGUUAUCAAGAUUAGCCAUAACUUGUUUUUGUAUGACGUCACAUGCCUAAAAGUUUUCACGAACCUCGACUUUUCUACGUGUGCAAGUUGCAGGUAAAAGAACUGUUUAUCCAAAUACAAUUUUUUUUAUU